GAGGCAGUAACGGUCACUAAUGUGUGUACGCAUGCGCAGUGGCACUUUACACAACCGCAAUAAGCAAACAUGGCGGCGGCCGUCGACAGUGUUGUGAAAGUGCUGGGAGAGCAGUAUUACAGAGAUGCCAUGGAGCAGUGUCAUAGUUACAACGCUCGGUUGUGUGCUGAGCGCAGCAUCCUCAUGCCUUUCCUGGACUCUCAGACCGGGGUGGCCCAGUCCAACUGUUACAUCUGGAUGGAGAAGAGACACCGGAGUGCAGGUGUAGCUCCGGGGCAGCUGUACACCUACCCAGCCCGCCGCUGGAGAAAGAAGCGCCGCUCUCACCCCCCUGAGGACCCCCGCUUGGCCUUCCCCCCUCUCAAAGCAGCAGAUGUGGAGCUGGGUCUGAAGCGUGAGGCGCUGGGGCCGGUGGACGGCAGCAGUCUGGAGGCCCUUCUGAAGGGGGAGCCCGUGGAUAGGAGGAGCGCUGUGUUAGACGUCCGCGCCCCUGAGGAUGACUCGGCACCUGUGGAGCCCCCUGCCACCUCGGCCACCUCGGCCACCAGUCACACGUCCUCUGGGCGCAUCCGCAAGCGAGUCCUUGACCAUGACGACUACUUGGACGACCUUGAUGAUGAUGACUUUGAGGACGAGACCCCCAAGAGACGAGGCAAGAGCAAGUCCAAGGGUCGCAGUGACAAGAAUGGGAAGAAAAAGCAGGAAGCUGCUGCCGCGGCGCUGGAGGAGAGGGACAAACCGUACGCCUGCGACAUUUGUGGGAAGCGCUACAAGAACCGUCCUGGCCUGAGCUACCACUAUACACACUCUCACCUGGCAGAGGAGGAGGGCGAGGACCGCGAGGAGAUCGAGGCACCACCCACUCCUCGCCAGCCUGAGGAACCGAAGACACCUAAAAAGGGUCCCAACGGGCUGGCUCUGCCCAACGACUACUGUGACUUCUGUCUGGGAGACUCCACUAUGAACCAGAAGACCGGCCAAUCAGAGGGGCUGGUGUCCUGCUCAGACUGUGGACGCUCAGGCCACCCCACAUGCCUGCAGUUCACCCCCGUGAUGAUGGCUGCAGUGAAGACCUACCGCUGGCAGUGCAUCGAGUGCAAGUGCUGCAACGUCUGCGGCACCUCGGAGAACGACGACCAGCUGCUGUUCUGUGAUGAAGUGGACCGAGGUUACCACAUGUACUGUCUAAGCCCCCCCAUGACUGAACCACCAGAGGGGAGCUGGAGCUGCCACCUGUGCCUGGUCCUGCUGAAGGACAAAGCCUCCAUAUACCAGCAGAACCAGGGCUCCAGCCCCGAGUGACAUCAUAUCAACAAGCCCCGCCCCUGAUGGAAACGUCAGACCUCCUCUCAGUCCGGAGCUCCAGGAAAUGUCCAGAUGUAGCUGAGCAGAUCGCAGAUCAGCUUUAGAAGUCUUAAUAUCUUCAGUGGGGGGUCAAACUAUAACUACCAGUCUGCCUGCAGAGCCCGAGGCUCCCGUCAAACACAUAUUGUGCAUAUAAAUACAAUAUAGACACACACACUCUCUCCUGGACUGUUACACACACUAGAGACAGAAGGCAUGCAGUAACCAUAGUAACUGCUGUCUCCAUGGAAGCUCCCAGGAGCAAACGGAUUAGCAUCACAGCUAAUUAUCUGCACCCUCUAUGACACAGAGCUGACUGUCGAGACAACACCGUUUCUUUUUCUGCCAAAUUAUCUAUUUUGUACUCCCUUAAUGUGGGAGAAAGAAUAAACACACCACAUAUACAGAUGAGGAACAUAAUUAUUAUUACUAUUGUUAUUGUUCUGGUUACUAGUGGACUUUUGUAGUGGCAUUUGUCUGUGUACUUUUGUCUGAUCCAUCAAUCUUUUUAAGAGGUUUCCCUGAGCGGAGCCGGUCAGUGCCAAGGUCCACCCUCACAUGAAACACACGACAAAGAUGGUAACAAAAAGUCUUAAUUUCUUUGCCAACAAAACCAUUGGCUUUGACUCGUUAAGCUGUUAGCACAACUCUUUGGCCUUGCUAUUUUAGGGUUGCACCGAAACCACCCUCUCAUCUCUGAUGCUGUUACUGGAUUGAUCAGUUACUUCAACCAAACACUAUACGACAUACUGUAAGUUGAAUAUUUCGUAAAAUACCGGUCUUCAAUUUAGUUUCGAGUUAACAUUCUCUUAUUUUGAAAAACCUGACUGUCAGCUGAUGCUGUUUUUAUGGGGAGGAAACUGACCAAUACAUGAGAUUUGUAAUCAUCAGGUGCAUCCUUUUCUAUCACUUGUUUCGUGCUUUAAAAAACAGUUUGGCAGUGACAUCACACGUCAUUUUUAAACAGCUGCUGUCAAACCCAUGACACACAUAAUCAUUUACAAACUGUAGCUGCUUUUAUCGUUUGUCACACAGGCAGAUUUGCAUGCAUAUUGCACCUGUAUGAAUGCACACACUCACACCACAAGUGUUUUCUUUUUCGUUGUACGUUUUUUUAUUUUUACAUUUUAUAUUACCUGAUAUUCCAUUGGUACUGGGAGUUUUUCUAGUAGAAUUUUGUAAAGUCUAUGGUAUAGCAAACACUUCAAGUAUAUAGCUCCUAUUGCAUUCUAUGUACUGUAUUGACUUUUUCUAUUUUUGUUAUGACUGUGACAUUUAUUUGAUUAUUCUGAUAUGUCAGACCUCCAUUUUGAGUAUUUGUAAAAUGAUGUACUUUGUUGUACUAUUUUUAUUUUUUCAUUUCUUUGGUAUCAAAGCCGAUUUAGCCUGACUGAAAUAAAAAUCACUUUGAAUAACG